AUGAGAUCCACCUGCCCUGAUUUGCCGUCUCUGGGCUGGGAGAACGACGUGAAUUCAUAUUUGUCCCUCAAAUGGGCGGUGAUCAACGGCUCGCUCUAUGCCAACGAGGAUCGCGUCUUCCCGCCUUCAAUGUCGAUGCAGCUCCAUGCGCCUCAGCGGGAAGGCCCAGCGAAGACCCUCGUGAUGGGCGAUGAAAUCGAGCUCUCAUAUGCCCUGGAAGCCCGACCUCUCUCCACCGAGGAAAAUGGCUCCACCUCGACCAUCGUGAGGGUUCGCGUGGACUUGUUCGAUUUCAAAGGCGAAUCGGUGACUACCGACGCUGUCAUCGUCGAUCUUCUUUCUCGCCCCGAUGGCUCAAACUCCAUCACUCGAAUCCGCAUGGAACCGACCAAGAAGCACAAUGCAGGUCGCUUCCACCAUGACCGACCGUGGCGCAUGAAUGUCUGGCCAACCAUCUUCAGCGGAAAGGACAAGCAGGGCUCGUCCCCAGAGGAAAAGACGCAGCCAACCACCAGCAUUGCCAGCGACAACGGUACCCCGUCUCGACCUCAGUCUGCCAAUGCAGCUACCAGCAGCGCUGCCCAGUCGCGGUAUGGAUUCAUCUUCUCGCCCUACUGGUCACCCACCACCUACACUAGUCGCCCCUACCACCACUCGCAUGGCGGCCACCGUGACCACAAGUUUAUGCGCUUAAUGCGCCCUGUGAUUCUGCCUGCCGUCCUUGGGGCUAUCGCUGGCCUGAUCGCCUGUCUGGUUGGUUUCGUGUUGGGUCACCUUUUCAUGACCCUUUCAGUAUAUCUCGGUCUUCGCAAGAGGCCGGGCCGCCAGACCAGGACAAGAUUCAUCGACGAUGAAAUUGACGCGGAAAAGGCGCAACUUCUGCCUCAGAUUCAUGUGACAGAGGUUGAUCCAAUGGACGCAUAA